AGCAUUCAAGUUGGCUCUGGAAAACGAUGACCGACAAUAUCGUGUAUGCGAUGGCACCGCCACCCGGGGUCUCGCGUGAUCCUGAGGCCCCGGGUCAUUCAACGAGCCUGAUUGCUAUUGUCUGUACUUUUCUGCCCCUCGCUGGCGUGGCCAUGGUGAUUCGACUGUAUACACGAGCCAGGAUCACUAGACGGGUUGCCAUCGACGACUAUGUGAUGUUGGUGGCCUUCUGCUUUGGGACUUUCCUAAACAUAGAAGCUUUGCUCAUGCUCAAUUAUGGCCUAGGAAAACAUCUCUGGAACGUUCCGCUGGAGCCGGAUCUCAAUCCAGACUUGGUAAUAAGGGACAUCCUAGUGUCUGUGGCCUAUUUCGUCGCUAUGGGCUGUGCAAAGUGUUCCAUCUUGUUACUCUACCUGCGCAUCUUCACCACGACUGGCAUCCAGAGAAUCAUCUGGGCCGUCCUCGUCUACACGGCCGGCUUCAGCUUUGCCGCCGCGGCCACCACGCUCUUCUCGUGCAACCCCGUGACUGGAGCGUGGAUCAUGAAGGCCACCGACCAUGUCCGCUGCAUCAACUCUCCGGCCUUUUAUUUCGCCAACGCGGGCCUCAACAUCACGUCUGACCUGAUGACCGUGGCCAUACCAAUCCCCAAACUCUUCACGCUCCGGAUGCCCUGGAGACGGAAGGUCGC